UAAACUGCGUCGUCAAUGAAGCGAUAACAUAGGAUUCAUCCGCGUAGAGGUGUGUGUGUAGUGUUGUCACUGUUCAGGUAAAUCGUGUGUAUUUCUAAGAGACCAUGGACGGACUUGACUCAAAUUAUUCAAUUUAAUCUGUUCGCCCCUGACAUUUGGAGAACAUUUCUUUGGAAAUCUAUUACAAUGGCCUUCACACUACAGAGAGUAUUUCAUGUUGUAUUGUUAAUGUCAGUUGCUUGUGCUGACAUCUAUCUACAUGUACCAAGGGGCAGCAAUAAUCGACUGAAUGAAAAUACUGCCACGAGGACUAAUGCCAACAGGCUCUUUGACAGUCAGAAUAACAACAGAGGUGGUUACAAUGUGGGGGACAAGACUGACCAGCCCUCUGGUGCUAAUGCCACCAACCAGUAUAGAAUGAAAUACUUCCAAAGUUCUCCCUGGAAAACAUCCCCCACUGGCGAGGGUAAAAGUUAUCUGACCAUCGAGUGGACAAACCAACAUGGCUGUGGUGGCAAUGACAACACAAGCCCAAACAAACAGAACUGUGUCCUGCUCCUACAGUACAUGUGUGAGGACGAGCCGGACAGCCCAACAGUUGACAGCAUGAGAAAUGGAGUGACAACAAAUACACAAGACUUCACAAAACCAACCAAGACAACACUUGGCAGUGAACGUAAGACCAAAGACGUGAAAACUGACAGAGGUCUGCAUGAGCCCUGGGACUGGUACAACAAAUGCUACAUUCGUGAACGAAACAAAGGCUUGUUUGUUGCUGAUCAGAAGCUGACGGCUGAUAAUGGUCUAGGCUACAGCAGUGCCAUCUACACUCGUCAGAAUCCAACUGGGAAUCGUUAUGGUUACGAAUGUCCAGAGGAGCGGGAUUAUUUCCCUUACUGGCAUCCAACACCUUGGGCAGACAUAGCUGUGUUUGCUGAGAACUCAUCAAUGUGCAGCUACUACACCAGUAAGAGUUUUAAUGUCCAGCCUUACACUGAGUGUGUAAGUACAACAUACCCUAAUGCUAGCAGGUUCAACAAUGAGAAGGCCUGCACUGAUAAUGGCGGCACAUGGCUACUGAUGUAUAACUACUUGGAAAAAGACACAUCCAAGAAAAGCCAGUCCACUUGUGAAAGCAGCAAGCAGGCUGGUCUGACCUACAAAUGGGCCGUCCCACAAGACAGCACAAGUUACCAACCUGAGUGUCUGAUCCUGCUUGAUGCACCUGACUGUCAGGUGGCACCUUGGUCAAGAUCCAACCACUUAGGCAAUGGGAGAGAUGGAUUACCCCUCAACUAUACAUGGACUCUUCCACACUUCCCAUCAAAAAAGAACAAGCAGUGUGUCUUCAGAUUUAGGUACAAUGUGUCUACAGAAGAUUACGAUCCUUACAGGACUGACUCAAAGAAAAAUGACGAUUUCCCUGUGGUGUCACCUAUCAAACAAAAUCCAUAUGUGUAUGUUAUGAGCAAACAGUCCCCGCUUCAUCUAGCCAUCAACACUGCGCAGUACGGCAGAGUUUUUCAGGACAGGAGUCACCUGUUCACCAUCAGACCCCGGCCAGACGGUGUCACCAACCAGUACAUCUACAACCUGAAUGUCCGGGGCAAGAGGGGAAACAUUGUCCAGAACUUUCCGUCUGUGGAGUAUGAUUUUACACCCAACACCCUUAGGCUGGGGACUGAGGAUCUUGUACACAUACAGUGGACAGGUUCAAAUACCCACAAUAAUGGCAACCCUGCUGGGGAUGGUCAAGCCGGAGACGCAGGGGAAGGCAAAGGAGGCACUGAUCGCAGCAACUUUGUGGAGAUAGGAGAGAGAAAUGGAAAUAUUCCAACCCCUUUUGAACAAACCCAGCUAUGGAAUAAUGUGGAGGUGUUGUGGAUUUAUUUCAUGAAGAAGAACAUCCAGCCAAUGGACUUGGCCAUAACCAUGGCAUCAGCCGGCUAUUACAGGUGUGCUAGUGCAACAACAUGCAAUGAACCAGACAACAGCAACUACCUAGUGUCAACCAAAGCAGCAAUCAGCAACGUGCUGGACAACGCCCCCGCCUCUUAUGAAGGUGCUUUGAUAAGGAUCAGGCAACCAGGUGUCUACAACUACACCUGCACCAGAAACAACAGCUUCAGCAACCGCAGUCAGAAGGGUACCAUUGUGGUGACAUAAUACUAACAACAGCUUCAGAAAGCGCAGUGGUACCAUUGUGGUAACAUAAUAAACAUUUUGGUCAUAAAUAAUUUUUAAAAUCUGACUGAAAGCAUAAGGGAAUUGUAUAGCAUUAUCAUAUUUAUAUUAUACUUUAGAUAGUAAUUUUGUGGGAUAAUAAUAGGUUGGUAUAUGGAAGUGUUUUAAUGCACCACUUCCUAGGCUUCUGAAAAUGGAUUUGUAUAUAUUUUUAAACCAUUCUUUACAUUCCUGAUGUAACAUAUGAACUCAUUUGCUUUUUUUGUUUUAUUUUACUGAGUUUUUACUCUUAAUGGUUCAAUUUUUUUUUAAAAGGACAAUUUUAAAAGCUACAAUAAUUUGUUAUCAGAAAAAGUUUAUUGACUUUUCAUGAUGUUGUCUGCUGUUUUUAUUUUUCCUAUAAGAAGAGUAUUGAACAAAGUUUCCACUUAGUUUUGUUCGACAUAAAGGUCUUCAAUUUUAUUUCUUGACCUGCUGGUUCAGGUUGAUACUGUGUGUUUUUGAUAUUUUGUGUCUUUAAGAAAAAAUAUGUUCUUUUUUAUUAUAUGUAAUGCAUAAUUCUAGUAUAAAUAAGAUAUCAGAGACUUGCACACACAAAAUUCUCUUAAAGAAAAUCUCAUACAACCAAUUGUAAGAGAAUCAAAUCACAUUCCUGAGCUGAAAAACCCUGUAAGCAAUGGAACUAUUUUAUUAAAAUUGUAAUGAUUUACAUUUUAAGCUCCUACAUAACAUGUUCUUAAAAUGUUUGUAUGCAUGUGAGCUUGAUUUUUAUUUAGAAGUUAUUUGUAUGAGUCAGCAUGUAACAUUCAGAGGUUUUGUCUUUUAAGUCCCAGAACCAUUUGAUGCAGAAACAAAGUAGAACAUUAGAUGGUUAAUGUGGAGUUAUUGAAAGCUGCCUAAAAUUAGAUCUACAAGAUAUAUCACCUUGUGUUCAAUAAGAAAAAGAACAAAUAGAUCAAUUUAUUUAAACAUUUUUUUGUGCCCCAAUUUCAAAAUUGAAUGUACAAUUUAUUUAUAAUAUUUUGCACGCAAUUUACAUUGUUUUAAUAAACUAUUUUCUUACAA